CGCAGAGGCUGGAAUUACCUUCCAGUCAAGGAUCCAUUUUUACUAUUUCACGCGUCCAGUCUUCCUUUAUCAAUCUACCAGACUUCUCUUAACAUCAAUUCGACAUCCUCUACUUCUGUCAUCUGUCAUACUUCCACCCUUCAUUUCCCCCCCCAGCAUUUGGUCGCCUUUUGCUCUUGAAGCUUUGACCUCCUCUAAUUCAAUGUUAUUCUAGGCGUGUUUACAUACACCUGUUGUCAAUCAAUCAUUGUCUAGGACUCGAAUCAUCUAAUUGACUGCACCCGAAAUUACAAUCCCGUCAUAUUAGCUCAUUCCCCCUUUGCUACACAAAGGAUUGGAUUUAUUACUGUGCGGGCAUUUCAACGUUCAAUUUCUCUGAUGGCCACGAAGACUCUAUAGAUCUUACAAUUUGGGCGCGGGAGGAGAGCCCUCUAUAUUGCUCUUCGAGAUGGGUAUUCAAGGUCUGCUUCCAUUACUCAAAUCAAUACAGCGACCAACAGAAUUAAAAAAGUAUGCUGGCGAGACGAUUGGCGUCGACGCCUAUGGUUGGCUGCAUCGGGGUGCCGUGCCGUGUGCAAUUGAACUCGCUCAAGGCAAGCCUACACGAAAAUAUGUAGACUUUGCCAUGAGCCGGGUUAGGAUGCUCAAACAUUUCGGUAUCACACCUUACUUGGUUUUUGACGGCGGUUUUUUGCCCAGCAAGGCCACAACCGAGGCGUCUCGUGGGAAACGCCGAGAAGAAUGUAGGAAGGCGGGCCUCGAACUUCUAAAGGCUGGUAAACCUUCUCAGGCACACGCCGAGCUCCAGAAAGCUGUCGACGUCACCCCUGAGAUGGCUCGACAUUUAAUUGAAGAGCUAAAGAAAGCUGGCGUGCCUUAUGUAGUUGCACCUUACGAAGCUGAUCCGCAACUGGUGUAUCUGGAACGUGAGGGUCACAUCAGUGGCAUUCUCUCCGAAGAUUCGGAUUUGCUGGUUUUUGGAGCCAAGCGAUUAUUAACUAAACUGGAUCAGCACGGUCAAUGCAUUGAGAUAAACCGCAGAGACUUCUGUGCUUGUCGUGAAGUCUCUCUAACAGGCUGGACAGACGCUCAAUUUCGACAUAUGGCUAUUCUUAGCGGUUGCGACUAUCUGGAUAGUAUCAACAACUUAGGACUGAAGACCGCGCAUAGGAUGAUCCGAAAGCACAAGACACCUGAAAAAGUGGUCCGCAUGCUGCAGUUUGACGGCAAACAUCGAGUCCCUACUGAUUAUUUAAAAUUGUUUCACCAAGCCGAGCAGACUUUUCUUCAUCAGUGGGUCUUCUGUCCAAAGGCAGAUAAGCUUGUCAACUUUACGCAACUUAGCCCCGAGGUCAAGAUCGACGAACUCCCAUUCAUUGGGCCCCCCAUCGAGCCAGAAACUGCCAAGGGGAUUGCUGCUGGAGACGUAAAUCCAAUCACUAAACAAAUCAUUGUGCUCCAAACUCUACCCUCACCGAGGAAACGUACUGCAUCAGGAACUGCUCGCAACAUGCCUCAAACCCGCACAGCCCAAGAGCCUCCUAAGAAGCCCAUCGACUCUUACUUCAAGGGUCAUCGCCGAAUCCCUCUAGGUGAAAUGGAGCCGAAUUGUUUCUCUGUUGACCCUACACGCCUCGCUAGCAUGACUGAAAACGGUAACCGACCGAUCGUAUACCCGCUUCCAAGACCAUAUCUAGACGAAACUGCACCUACCACAUCCGCUGGCCGGCGCGCGUAUAUCACGCGGCCUGAAAGCUCCGCCCGUACUCUUCGACGUCGAACUGAACCAGUGGGCAAUCUACUCGGCAAUAGUGAUCACACUUUGGCUUCUGGGUCUCGUCGCCAGACUACUGGUCCAGGAAUCAAUGCUCCAAGCAACUCCGAGAGCACAGGAGCCGCUCAUCCCGUCCGACCACCUAAGAAGGCACGUCUAUGUGACGAUGCUAGUUCGGGGCGAAGUCCCGGAAAGCAGAGAAGCAAAUUUUUCCCACGCGGUAUUGUGAAGGGCGCCACCUCUAAGAAAACAGAAGGCUAUUUAAUGUCGGAUGAUUCUAUCGAGGAAGCUCUACAAGAUCUCCCGGAUUUUGGUGGAUGGAGUCCCUCGCUAAAGGGCCAGAAGGAAGUUAUGGUUUAUCAGGAGUCGCAAUCAGUUUCGGCCGACACCGAAAUAUCUAAGGAUGACGAGUCAUAUAUCGAAAAUGACACCAGCGAACCCACUGCCUCGAUACAGCUUCCAAACACCCCCAGCAUCACCAAGCGCUUUAGCUACGGACAAGGCCAAACACGUAGCCAGAGCACCUCUACGUCUUGCUCGAGUCGAUCUUCACUCGCCGGAAUUACUCCUGCCACUUCCGUUAUGUCGUCUACGCCGUCUUCGUCCGUACAACUAUCGACUGGUAAGACGACGCCGGCGACACCGCUUCAGCGACUCGGCAUCAAGGCCUUGGGGCGCGGUGGCCAGCCGCCUACACCUACGUUCGCGGUUCCACGGCCUAUAAAGCGUUCUAGUUUGGGUAGGCGGAGUAUAGACUCUAUGCCUAUUAACCCAGCUUUCGUUCCCUUGCCUCCCGUCGACUUGGAAGAGGUGGAAGCUUUACACAGGCCUAUGGGCAGCGAAGACCUGAUAAUACCGGAGAGCGAGAAUGACGAGGUUUUGGAUGAACAGGAGAACUUGGGCUCGGACAAGGGUAAGGCCGGACGUAGGCGGAUGGACUUGUCAAGGUUUCUCUUUGCUUAGAUGUGAGGUCUUCAGCACACGGCACAUGUUUUUUCUUCUACAGGUCCCUGAGGAAUUUGAUGGCGUAGGACGGUCAUAUCAGCAUAGCGGCGGAGUUAGGGGUUACAACGGUCAAAGCAAAGGCGUCUCGGUAUAAACUAUUUUAUAGGCACAAAAGGGCCACAAUUGCAGUUUCUCCUUUGAAGGGUGGCUAGGAGAAUAACAAAAUUAACUAGCUAUAAUUGUAUGACUGACAAAUCAUGAUGUGUGAAACGGUGUAUGGGUAUUAAAAUCGUGCUCGCAAAUGGUGAUAGAACAUUACAGUAACUAUCCUUUGUUCGGGCGUACAAGAGUAUAAAAGAGUUGGCAAGUAAAGAUUCUUUGUCUACCUAGGUAGGUAGGUAGGUAGGUAGGUAGGUAGUUGUACUAGUUACUACUAAUUCAAUAGUAUUGUUUCAGUUGGUCAUGUACAGUAGGAAGUAUG